GCCGUGAAUGGAAGUAAGGCGGUAUUUCGGUGGCAUCAAAGACAGGUUUUUUUGGCUUCAGAUGGGCUAUUGGAAUGGCAGGAGGAUCAAAUUAAAGACGCUCAUCCAAUGGUGCGACCCGUCGGUCAAGAGGCUCAUUUGACGUGUCCAGCUGAACACGCUCCAGGCGUUUCUGGUACAGCCGAAUGGGAGAAAGUUGGUGGUGACCUACCGUACGCGUAUUCGAUUCGCAACGGUGAACUGAUCCUUAAAGAUUUGUCUCGAUAUGAUGAAGGCAUUUAUCGUUGUACGAUACGCGCAGAGUCAGGAAUGGCUACGGUGACCUAUAUUAACCUACAAGUCUCCGGUCAGUUUACAGUCUGGAACGGAAUUCAUCUCAAUUUUGUUCCGUCAUUCAAUGGAUCUGGAUUCGUGAAACUGAAACCAAUGACAAUUAACGAAUGGGAAGAUGUGAAUAUUAAGUUGUCGGUGAAACCAAAAAUGAGAGAUGGUCUGAUUUUCUACACGUCGAGAGGUAAAGAAGGCCAAGAUCACGCUGAUAAUUUCAUUAGUGUUGGGCUACGAAGAGGCAAAGUAGUUUAUCGAUACGAUGUAGGAGAUGGCUUGGAAGAAAUCGCGAGUACAUAUCCAGUUCGCGCUAACGAAUGGCAUCGGAUUGAACUGAAAAACAAUAAAGAUAAAGCUGUACUAUACGUUGAUUCACAUGAUAUCGUAGAGAAGAAGAAUGAGGGAUUCGCAAUCUCUGAAGCACCUCCAACAAACAUUAGUAUUGGAGGGAUGGAAAAUCUUCAGUCGAAGCCUCAAGCCGGUUUUGCGCGCGGUUUUGAUGGUGUGAUCAGCGAGUUAUUGGUAUCUGGAAGACCGAUCGAUAUCGGCGAAGAGGCACUGGCGAGUUUUGGUAUCGUAGAGCAGAGUACAAUAUGCUCGAUAAAUCCGUGUCAACACGGUGGUUUGUGUGUUCCAGCGAAUGUUCAUCGUGGAUUCGCAUGCAAUUGCGAGCGGACGGAUGGUUUCGAAGGAGAAUUCUGUGAACGACGUUCAAGGAAAUGCAAUGGAGAGAAAUGUGCUGUUGGAUCGUGUGUUCUCGAUGAAUCAAAUGGAUCACAUUCAUGUCUCUGUCCAUACGGUCGAAUUGGACGUUUGUGUGAGCAUAUCGACAGAGGUGCUCAUCAAAAACCGUUGAAUGCAAUUCGUUUCAAUGGUGAAAGUUCCUUUUUAUCCUUACCACCUCCAUCGACACUUCGCAAUUACACGUUAGAAUUAUUGGUGAGUCCUCGAACUACUCAAGAUCAGCUGCUGGCUUACGUUGCGUCCGAUUACGAUCCCAAACAUAGCAAUUUCAUGGGAUUGGUUAUGGAGAACGGAAAAUUCGUCUAUGUUUACAACAAUGGCGAUGGUGAUUUCGAGAUUGAAGAUGCUGAACAAGUCAAAGAAGGUAACGCAUAUAGGGUAGAGCUGAAACGAAUCGGUCCGAAGGGAGAGUUCGGAAUCAAUGAUCGUAAGGUGGCAAGUAGACGUCAACAACCUUCCUUCCAAGUGGGCACCGAUUUAUUUGUUGGUGGCUUACCGCCUGGUGUUGCACCACAUAGACGCUUGGAGCAGUACAGUUCACUGAAUGGUUGCAUCUAUAAGUGGGAUAUAUCAGUGUUUGAUGUCUCAGAGAAUAUGUAUCCAUGUAAUUCUCUCGAAAAGAAGAUUCAUUCUGAAUGCUUGGCAUAA